ACAUAUCGAUAUUGGGUCGGCAUAAACACAUCGCUGCAAAAACGCCAUUGAAUAUUCGACUUGGUUUUUCGUGUUUUAAAAUAUUUGUUCUCUGCGGCAAAUUCGUUAACAAUUUGACAACUUAUCACUGGACAGCAUAUCCAGUUAAAGUGUAAUAGCAAAAUGGCGCGUGCCCGGUCUCCCACCGCUGAGGGCGAAAAGGAAAAUAAAGAGAAAGAUGUAAAAGAAAAGGACGCAAAAGCAGCUACAUCUAAUUCAUCUCGCAGAGAGCGGGAACGCAAACGUAGAGGUUCCGCCUCUUCUAGCAGUGACUCUAGCAGAAGUUCAUCGGGUAGCUCGUCAUCACGCAGUAGUUCCGGCUCAGACUCGCGAUCCAGCUCAAGCAGCUCCAGCGAUUCAUCCAGCUCGUCGUCCUCAUCAUCGAGUGAUACCGAUCGCAGUGAGAAGAACCGACGUAGAGGUGGUGCUGGUGGUGGUGCAGCUGGAAAAGACAAUUCUCGCUCGCCGCGCAGAGCUACCAAAUCACCACGCGCCAAUAGCAAGGCUCGCAAGGAUCCGGAACGUACGGAACGUGAGCGCGAUCGCGUGCAACGCAGCCGCACCCGAUCCAGAGAUCGUGCACGUCGAACCUCCAACGAUCGGGCAGGCGCUGCAGGCGAAGUAAAUAAUGUGAAGCGUGAUCGUUCCCGCUCCACUAGCCGGUCCCGUUCUCCGCGUCGUCGUGGCGGUGCCGGCCGUGGCACAGUCGAACGUACACCACCGCCAAAGAGACGUGAACGCUCGCGUUCCCGCAGUCGUACCCGUACUCGGUCGCCCACACCGAAGCCGGUGCGUAUUCACGUGGGCCGACUGACUCGCAACGUUAACAAGGAUCAUGUGCUGGAGAUAUUUAGCAGUUUUGGCACUGUGAAGAAUGUGGAGUUUCCAACGGAUCGCUUCCAUCCAAAUUUUGGACGCGGUAUGGCCUAUGUUGAGUACGCAACGCACGAGGAUUGCGAGUCAGCUAUGAAGCACAUGGACGGAGGUCAAAUUGAUGGACAGGAAAUUACAGUAUCGCCAGUUGUUGUCGCUAAACAGCGACCGCCAAUGAGACGACCAUCGCCACAGAUGCGCCGUCCACAAGGUGGACGCUGGCGUUCCCCGCCGCAAUUUAAUCGGUUCAACAAUCGCGGUGGUGGCGGAGGUGGUGGUCGCCGGAACUCUCCACCGCGAGGACGUCGAUCUCCACGACGACGCUCACGCUCGCCAAUAAGACGCCGACGUCGCAGCAACAGUUCGGACAGCUCCCGUUAAAGAAAACUAACAAUAAUGAUUCAUUCAUAUUGGUAAAAGCAAAAAA